AUGACAGCAGGUUCGACAUUUAGAGCUGCCAACCACAAGCUCUUCUCAUCCGGACCAUGCUCUUUCUGGCAACCAGUAUUCCUUCAUUUCAUACACGACCUGGUUCCACAUCAAGUCGUCAAAAACACCGCCGAACAAUUUAGGCAAAAGAGGCAGUUGCGGCAGUGCCAAGUGCUUGUGCCGGAGACAAGCGAGCAAGCUGGUCGCUGUAAAAAGUCGAAACAAUGUCAUGCAACAAAGCGAGACCACGACCAUCUUAAAGGCUACAGCCUCCAAGUCCUUGUUUCCAAGGGCACGUCCUGUCCGAACGUGUGGGCAGAAGCGUUCGAACGGUCCAAGCGAUAG